GCGUCGUAGGAACUUACAGUAAGGGUUCGCCGGAGCUCCUUUCGCGCAAUCUUUCCUUGAGUAAGAGUUAAGAGUCAGAGUCAGAGCUUCUUGUACAAGCGCCGACACGCGUCGCGACUCGCCACCGUUUGGUUCAUCCGCGUCGCCACCAUGUCUCUACACGAUUCGAGCAAGAGCAUCCCGGUUCAGAUUACUGAAGAUGAAGGCGCCCUGUAUGACCGUCAAAUCCGUCUCUGGGGUCUCGAAGCUCAACAAAAAAUGCGCAACGCCACGAUUCUGAUCGUCAACCUGAAAGGCGUGGCGACCGAAGCGAUCAAAAAUAUCGUCCUCGCGGGCGUAGGGAAGCUCGUCAUACUUGACGGAGAGAACGUGGCGGAGGAGGACCUCGGUGCGGGGUUCUUCUUCCGAGACGAGGAUGUGGGGAGAAAGCGGGUCGAAGCCGCUAAAAACAGGAUCGGAGAACUUAAUCCGCUGGUGACCAUCGAGGUAAUCCCGGAUGCGAUCGCUUCGUUGUUAGAGAUCGAGGGCGGACUGGACAAGUUGGUGGGUAGGGUGGAUAUGGUGUGUGCGACGGAUUUGGGGAGGGAUGAGUCGAUCCGCAUAAACGAAGCAUGUCGGAGACUAGGCAAGCCCAUGUACGUCGGGGGAAGCUACGGCCUGCUCGGAUACAUCUUCUGCGACUUGCUGAAGCACGAGUAUAUCGCACCGGACCGAUCGGGCAACAAAGAGAAUGCGAAGAACUCGCUCGCGUCUGUGCAGUACUGUUCGCUAAAAGAAGCCCUGACGCAUAAUUGGGCGGGAAUGACGAGGAGGCAGACGAAGGAGUUGAAUCCGGCUGUGGUGUUCGCUGUGCUUGCGAUCUGGGAGUUCCAAGCUAAACAUCAAGGAAAACUUCCGAGUGAGCUGGAAGAGGCGGAUGAGCUGGAGGCGAUCGCGAAUAAGAUGAUCAAAGAGGCGGAUGUGAAUAAGCAGAUAUUGACCGUCGCUCCGAGGGACCUGAUCGAGACGAUGGCCACGACCGCCUUCGCCGAGUUCUCGCCCGUGUGCGCCGUCGUUGGAGGACUAUUGGCACAGGAUAUCUUGAAGGCGUUGGGUGCGAGGGAGGCGCCGCUCGCGAAUUUCUUUACGUUCGAUGGGAAUACGGGUGGUGGGACUGUGGUGAGGAUGAGGAUGGCGGGACCGUAGUGCUCUGUUUUUGGUUUUGUCGUUUCGGUUUUGCUUGAUUUCCUGUAGUUGACCGGGGAAACAGACAGAGGGAGUGCUACUGCUUGCUUGAGAGGUCAUCAUGGGAUAUGCCAAGUCACUUGUCGCCCUCUGCGACC